AAUCUAGUUGCCCGACAAAAACAUUUCAGUAAAAUAUAAAAGUAAUUAAUUGAAAUUAAUCGUCAAGUUGAAAAAUAUGUUCCGGGGGGCAUAUAAGGUCUUAGCUUUUAUAAAGCCAGGAGAUGUCUUGUUCAAGAAUAAUUUGAUCAAAAGUCGGCCGUUCAGCGAUCUUUUUGAUAAAGGUGGCAGAGACAGUGGCGGUAUCGAACCUUACCAUGUUAAAUUGCUCCAAGUCAACAAGGGAAAAGAGGCAAGGAUCAUGGAACUAACAGCACAAAUCGAGUCCCUUCAAAUGCAAAUUAAAGCCCUUGAGAAAACCAAGUCGUCGGAGGCCAAGGCUGCGAUGGAAGAACUUAUUGUAGUUCUCAAAGAACUUAAAGAAACGCAACACAUGCGCCACCUAUUGGAAAACAAUAUUUCAUAGCAUACUUUUGGGCUUUCGAA